GCUCCAAAACAGGGAUGGCUUCAAGUAUGAUUGCAUUCCUGCUCUGUAUAUGCAUGGGUGGUGUUAAUUGCUAACAUGUGGAUUGCGAAUAGAUCGAGAGGAGCGGCGGUUGAUGCGCCAGCGCGGGGCCGGUGUCAAGUAAUCGAGCAGCAAAGGAUAUCGAUUUUGGUUUCGAUUCUAUGUUCGGUGCUCCAAACAUACUUCCCCCAGGCGCUCCACCUACUACAGCUGUGCCGGAGCCUACCAUCCCGCGUACACAACCUUCCUCCUCACGUAGGACUCCGACUCCAGACCACAGACGACGAACUUCCCCGCAAAUUACUCGACGGACUCCUACUAGAUCUCAAGAUCCAUCUUCCAGCAGAAGCACACCUGGAAACCGGACAAACACACUCCCUCGCAGGACAUCAGUAUUCGACAUCCCGCCGGAUGAUGACCCAGAUCAUGGACGAGAGCACAAAAGGAGAAGAAUUGCAGUGCCUUCUGAGCCGAUUCCAGAAGACACCGUCAUUCGCAGCGAUAUACGUGAAACUGAACCAAGAACAACAGCACGUGACGCGAGAUCUUCGCCCAAUACACAGUCCGGACUGAGUGAAGCUGAGCAUGAACGUCACGAACCCUCCGCUGAACGAGGCCAGAAUAGAGAAGAAAGCGAUGCUCAACCAGCCCCGGAUGGCCAACCUGAAAUACAGAAUGCCGAGCCCGUCGACACACUACAGGAGAAGGGCCAGCCGCAUCCUCCCAAAAAGCGCCUGCAAAGUAAAAGACGGAAAUCGGUUGUUCAGGGAUAUAAGAGGCGAAAAAGAGCUUCCGUUGUUGACCAGCUGAGAAGAGAGCCGGACCAUGAGCCUGAACCUGAACCGGAGCCAGAGCCGGAGCCGGAGCCAGAUCUGGAACCUGAAAAAGAAUCCGAACCCGUGCUGGAACCAGAGCCUAAACCGCAUGACUUGGAUGAAGGAGAUGUUGAAGAGCCCGCUGCAGAACCCGUUGAACUGCCGACGCGGAAAUACAGGAAGAGAAAAUCUGUUUGGCAAAUAGCCACUAAAACCAAACACCGCUUGCCUCGUGACCCUGUUGAAGCCAGCGAGAAUCAAGCUGAGGAACAGAUUCCAGCGUCGGAAGAACUAGACCAAAACCCUGUAGAUGAAGUCAACGACAAAGAAAGUGCAGGACAUGAGGAAGACUUGCAGGGGCAGUCUACUUCGCCUGAUAGGGCGACAAAACCAAAGCGAAAAUCAAGCCGGGCAGUCAAAGAACGUAGCCGCCAGGCACGACAGCUACAGCCAGAGGACGCGGUAGAGGAGCGCACACCGGCGGAACCCAGCCAGCCGAAACCUCCACAGAGGAAGCAACGCAGACAAAAGCCUACGGAAUACCAAAAUACCGAGAACGAGCCAAAACCUCGCGGGUCCACUGUCCCUGUUAUUGUCCACCGUUUCGCCAACCUUGCAGCUCUCCAGAGUAUGACCGGCGAUGAUGAAGGUACACCCAGCGAAACAGCUCAGGCGGAUGACCCAUCCGGGCGUCAUAAAUACCCCAGCCGUAGCGGGGUAAACCCGGCCGACGUCCUUGGCCAGAUCUGCCGCGAGACGCUCGAGAAAACAGCUUCCAAACUAGCAGACGGCAUCAAGCAGGAGUCUAAUGCGUCAAGACGGGCAGAGUGGACUCGGAAACGCAAAGCUGUGGAGCUGUUCGGCGCAGAGCUUGAGCAGCGGCUCUUCGAUAUGAGCGAGCUUCUGGAUAGCAACUUCGUUUUAUCCGCGCGCCUUAAAGGGGAGAAACAGGAUCUGGCUUCUCUCCGGAAUCGGUUGAUUGCAUUGCGGAAAGAGCGCGAGGAUGUUGCUUUGCGGAUCGAUGAGGUGCGGCGGAAAUAUGCUGAAGAGGAACAACUAAAAAUGGCACAUGAUAAUCUCAAUAAUUCCCUCCACGACCUUCAACUUGCGAUGGACCGUGGCCGCAAAGUGGACGAUGAGCAUAGCGCAGACCCUACGAUCGGCCUUGAGUUUCUCCUCCGGACAGUCGCUCAGGAUGUCAGCUCUACGGCGCCUGGGUCACAUAGUGGUAUCUUGAAUCAGAUUAGAGUCUUCAAUAGUCAGCUUGAGCGCACGGCUGCUUUGCUGGAGUAUUUUUAA